AGUCCCACAGCCAAGACCAAGACCAAAAUGACGCAGAAGACACACCCAAGACCAAGAUAAAAGCCUGUUGUUUCGGUCGCCUGCCUGGCUGACCUGACCUGACCUGACCUCACGCCAGCACCACGCUCCAGGAUGCUCUGAAGCCCCGCAUGGCGACGGGAGGAGGACAAAGGGAGGACUUGUGUGGCCCGUAGACGCCAUGGACCACUAGGCUCGGCUCUGACAGACGGAUGGUACAGACGAAGAGUGCCUGGUCUGAGAUGGGGACGCUACGAACAAGGUCUUUCCUCUUCGGCAUGAUAGUGGCUUCCGUCACCUGGGCUGUGGCCAUAUACCUCUACUGCUCCCUGGUGGAGGAUUCCCAAGGUCCUCUUCUUGCUGACCAAGGCAAUGUCAAACCCCAAACUGGAGAGCAAUACAAGCUGAAGCAAAGCCUGGGGGAGGAAGCCAAGGCCCCAGGGAGGGAAGGUGGGGAGCAGGGGACCAAGGAACCGCCGCUGGAGGAACUCGGCCUGGUCAAGACACACCAGGACCAGGAGAUAAAAGAGAAGGGAUACCGCCUGCAUGCCUUCAACUCCCUUAUAUCGUCGCGCCUCUCCCCACACCGCUCAGUCCCAGACACCAGAAACAAAAGAUGCCAUGACAUAGCGUACCCGGAUCAACUCCCGACCGCCUCCAUCAUCAUCUGCUUCUACCGCGAGGAGCACGCCGCCCUCCUCCGCACCAUCCACUCCAUCCUGGACCGCACACCCACUCAGGUGCUGGAGGAGAUCAUAUUGGUGGAUGACACGGAUGAAGAAAGCUAUCAUGAGGAGGUAGCAAGCGAAGUGAACAACCUGAGUGACAAGAUCCACCUCCUGAAGACACCCCAGCGCGAGGGACUGAUCCGGGCACGGGUGUUUGGGGCGCGGCAGGCAGUGGGGCAGGUGUUAGUGUUCCUGGAUAGCCAUGUGGAGGUGAACGAGGGGUGGAUGGAGCCGCUCCUCGCACGCGUCGGGGAGGACUCGCACCAUGUGGUCACCCCGAUCAUUGACGUUAUCUCCCCCGACACUUUCCAGUACACGCCAUCCCCCCUGGUGCGAGGUGGCUUCAACUGGGGGCUGCACUUCAAGUGGGACACGAUACCUCAGGCGUAUUUUGCCGAUAAAAGGAAUUUCGUCAGGCCAAUAAAGUCCCCCACCAUGGCCGGGGGUCUCUUCGCUAUGGACCGCAUCUACUUCAAGGAGCUUGGAGAAUAUGACAUGGGGAUGGACGUGUGGGGUGGGGAGAACCUGGAAAUGUCCUUCAGGAUCUGGAUGUGUGGCGGCCAGCUUGAGAUCAUCCCCUGCUCCCGCGUGGGCCACAUCUUCCGGAGACGGCGGCCAUAUGGGUCCGCCAAUGGCCAGGACUCUCUGCUGCACAACUCCCUGCGUGUGGCUCAUGUUUGGAUGGACGAGUUCAAGGAUAACUUCUUCAAGCUGCGUCCAGGCGCCGACAAGGUGGACUUUGGUGACGUGUCGGAGAGAGUCAAACUUCGGGAAGAGCUGCAGUGCAAACCUUUCUCCUGGUACCUGAACACUGUGUACCCCGAGCUGAUGAGGCCGCCCGGGGACGAGUCCAAGGGAAGGGAGGGGGCCAGGGAGAAGCCAGGCCUCGGCCACAGGCAGUUCCAACCUUGGAACAAAAGAACAAGAAACUACACACACAAGUGGCAGAUACGCCUAACAGGAACAAAGCUCUGCAUGGAGUCUGAAGAGGACCCUUCCAAGAAAGGCACAAGGCUCAUCCUGGCGGAGUGUGUGGAGUGGGAACGCCAACUCUUCCACCAGACGGACCGCAAUGAGCUGGUCCUUGCCCAGCUGCUGUGCCUGGAGGCCACGGACAACCUGCCCCUCAUCAGGAAGUGCCAUGAGAUGGGAGGGGCCCAGGAGUGGAGGGUCAAGAACCAGAUGAGCGUUCCGCUGUACAACCUGGCGACAGGAUUGUGUAUUUCUGCCGAGGAGGAGCGGUCAGGAGCUGGCUUGGUCAUGGCCAUGUGCUCAACACCCAAGCUAACAAACUGGGACCUUGUGGACGUGGUGUGAGGCAGCGUUGCACAAGAAGGUGACACACACACACACACACACACACACACACACACACACACACACACACACACACACACACACUGACUCACAACCAGAAGGACCGGGGUUCAAUUCCCCGGCCGGGUGAAGAUAAGUUGGGUUUAUCUUCUUUCACGUGUAGCCCCUGUUCACCUAGCAGUGAGUAGGUACGCGACGUCAGGCAAGGAGUUGUGACCUCGUUGUCGCGCUGUGUUGUGUGUGAGUGGUCUCAGUCCUACCCAAAGAUCGGUACAACGAGCUCUGUGCUCUUCCGUAGGGGAACGGCUGGCUGUCUCAAGAGAGACCUGCAGCAGACCAAGAGGUGAAUUACACACACACAGUACUUGAUCAGGUCUCAACACCAGUCACAAAUUCCGGCAUUCUGUAUAUCUACGCAAUGUACAAAGAUUAACCUAUGAUCUGUCCCAGUGUAUUUACUAUGAUUUAAUGUAUAUUUAUAAAGAGAGAUAUAGAACAGAAUUUGAAUUGAUUAGUAUUAUGUAUACAGUAUAUAGCAUAAGAAAGUUUAUCUAAAGAACCUUGUACUUAUUUUGGAGAGAAAUUCAGCUGCUUGAUAUCAGAAGUGGAUAUCAGUGUGUUAAUGUGUUCAAAUACUUUACUUAAAUGAUCUAAUGAGGAGUGAGUCCCAGAUAAUGCAAUGGUUAUAAGUCACAAAGGUCUGCCAGUGAUGGAUGAUAUGAGGCGUCUAGAACAGAAAGGGCAAACUAUCAUAAUUAAUAUUUUGACAAAAACGCGCGACCCAGACCCAGCGAGCCAAGCAGGACGGGGGAAGCUAUCUUGUUCCUCCUGUUCUUUUCUUCUUCUUCUUGUUUCCUCUUAUUUCCUUCCUCUUCUUUUUCUUCUUUAAUUUCUUUUCUUCAGUAUCAUUCUUGUUCUUUUUUUCCAUUCCUUAUUCUUCCUGUUCUUCUUUCUUGUUAUUUCCUUUUCUUUUUCUUCUCUCAUUUCUUCUUUUUCUUCAUUAUUCUUCUUGUUCUUCUUUCUUGUUAUUUCCUUUUCUUUUUCUUCUCUCUUUUCUUCUUUUUCUUCAUUAUUCUUCUUGUUCUUCUUUCUUGUUAUUUCCUUCUCUUUUUCUUCUUUCAUUUCUUCUUUUUCUUCACUAUUAUUCUUGUUCUUUUUGUUCUAGUCCUUAUUCUUCUUGUUCUUCUUUCUUGUUAUUUCCUUCUUUUUCUUCUCUCAUUUCUUCUUUUUCUUCUCUAUCAUUCUUGUUCUUUUUGUUCCAGUCCUUAUUCUUCUUGUUCUUCUUUCUUGUUAUUUCCUUUUUUUUCUUCUCUCAUUUCAUCUUUUUCUUCUCUAUCAUUCUUGUUCUUUUUGUUCCAGUCCUUAUUCUUCUUGUUCUUCUUUCUUGUUAUUUCCUUUUUUUUCUUCUCUCAUUUCAUCUUUUUCUUCUCUAUCAUUCUUGUUCUUUUUGUUCCAGUCCUUAUUCUUCUUGUUCUUUUUUCUUGUUAUUUCCUUCUUUUUCUUCUCUCAUUUCAUCCUUUUCUUCUCUAUCAUUCCUGUUCUUUUUGUUCCAGUCCUUAUUCUUCUUGUUCUUCUUUCUUGUUAUUUCCUUCUUUUUCUUCUCUCAUUUCUUCUUUUUCUUCUCUAUCAUUCUUGUUCUUUUUGUUCCAGUCCUUAUUCUUCUUGUUCUUCUUCUCUGUUAUUUCCUCUUCUUUUUCUCCUUUCAUUUCUUCUUUUUCUUCAUUAUUAUUCUUGUUCUUGUUCUUUUCUUUUGUUUUUGUUCUAUUGCCUUAUUCACCCGGUAAUUUCAGUAACCAAAAGGCAAACUCUUCACCAGCUGUAUAGGAAAUUACCGCUCCUCUGGUCGCACCCAAAACCCCCGGGGAAGCUAAAUUUGACCUUUUUAUUAUUUUUUUAUUAUUAUUUCUUAUAGCAGAGGAGACAGCUCAAGGGCAAAAAAAGAAACAAUAAUAAAAAACAACAACAACCCCGCUAUUCGCUGCUCUUAUAAAAAGCUCAGAGGAGUGGCCGAAAGAUAGGUCGAUUUUGGGAGGAGAGGUGUCCUGAUACCUUCCUCUUGAAAGACUUGCCAUAUUCUCCUUCUGUUUUCAGUUACAGAAAGGCAAACUCACCACCAGCUCUAUAGGAAAUUACCGCACUUCUCGUAGCACCCAAAAUCCCUGGGAAGCUGGAUUUGACUGGCCAUAUUUACCUUCUAUUUUCAGUAACAGAAAGGAAAACUCACCACCAGCUGUAGAGGAAAUUACCGCACUUCUCGUAGCACCCAAAACCCCUGGGAAGCUAGAUUUGACUGGCCAUAUUUACCUUCUACUUUUAGUAACAAAAAGGCAAACUCACCACCAGCUGUAGAGGAAAUUACCGCACUUCUCGUAGCACCCAAAACCCCUGGGAAGCUGGAUUUGACUUGCUAUACUCACCUGCUCUAGGGAAAAUUACCACGCCUCUAGUUUUUUUUCUUCUUUUUUUACAUCAAAGGACACGGCUCAAGGGCAACAAAAAGUGCACAAAAGAAAGCCCGCUACCAGCCGCUCCCAUAAAAGACAAGAGUAAAGAGUAGCAGUAGUGGUACCAAAAAUCUCUCGUCCCUUUGUUUGCGAGUUUGCCUUUUCUCUUCCGAGCGCCUCACGUGACGGUCCAUUCCGCCAGAGUAUGUCCUUCACACUUGGGCUUGUGAUACCUGACAUUCCCAUCACAUUCUGAGUGUUCUGAAUGAUUGAUAAAAUGAGAGUGUGCUAUAAUAUUUACAGAGCAGGCUUGAAUGAUUGAUAAAAUGAGUUAGUUUAUGUUGUAAUAUUUAAAGAACACAGGUUAUGGUGUUGCCUAGGUGAUUGAUAUAGUGUGUGGGUUUCCUUAAGGGGGGGUUACUGCCAUGAUUUCCUUUUAGAGUGGAGUAAGGCACCAGGGAAGAGGAGGGAAUGAAUGCCCAGAAACUUGUAUAUUUAAGGAACAGAAGUUAUGGUGUUGCCUAAAUGAUUGAUAUAGUGUGUGGCUUUCCUUAACCCCUUCAACACAAGGAAGCGUAUACUGUGUCCUUGCGUGCCCCGUACCAUAUCCGAGGACACGCAUUCUGCGUCCUGGCUCGCUUUUGCCAAUAUACAAUUUAUUUUAUUUCUAUAUUUAUGCUUACAUCUCAAAAUUAUCAAUUGAUUUAUGUUUCUUUAUGUGCACCAUUUAAUUCUGCAUGUUUUCAUAUAUAAUACAUGAUGAUUAUGUUGAGUUUAUGGCUGAAAACUUGUUACAUUCAAUAGUGAUAUUUGAAAUUUGGUGCGCGCGGCGAUCCCGGAUAUGGUGCGGAGCGCUGUUUUGGCCCGGCUGUAGUGAAGGGGUUAAGGGGGGAUUACUGCCAUGAUUUCCUUUUAUAGUGGAGUAAGGCACCAGGGAAGAGGAGGGAAUGAAUGCCCAGACACUUGUAUACUUAACCCCUUCAAUCCGGCGACAGUGACGUCGGCGUCCGAAGGGCGUCCGAUGUCAUCACCAUUAGUCCACUUCUAAACCUCUUAACCCUCCAUUUCCUCUUAAUUCUCUUCUAAACCUCUUUAAGAGGAAGUGGAAGAGGAUUAAGAGGAAUUUAGAGGAGGAUUGAGAGGUUUAGAAGAGGAUUAAUCCUCUUCCAUUUCCUCUUGACCCUUUCCAUACUGUGACGCCGACGUCUGCGUCAUGUAUGGAAAGGGUUAAAGAACACAGGUUAUGAUGCUGCCUAAAUGAUUGAUAUAGUGUGUGGGUUUCCUUAAGGGGGGGUUACUGCCAUGAUUUCCUUUUAUAGAAGAGAAGGGAAUGAAUACCUAGACAUUUAUAUAUAUUAGCUAUGGAUCAAGUAUAUUAAUGUAAUGUAAGGCAGCUGCUAAUAUGAUUUUUUUGAUAGGGGAGAAAGGCAUCAGGGAGGGGAAGGGAAUGCCUGCAGACACUUGUAUAUUAGCUCUGUAAGGGAUGCAGGCUGUCUGUUAAUAUAUCAACUAAUGUACGUAUGGUAACUGCCAGUGUGAUUUGUUUUAACUCUUCAACCUGUGUAGGAGAGCCAUAUUACCUUACCUGUUUAACACUACUAACUUGCUCUGCUGCUGCUAACAUGGCUAUAGCACUAACUUGCCUCAGCCUAACCAGUCAUCAGUAUUACUAUUAUUUCAGCGCUGACCCCUUGCAACCACCCUCAGCCUCCCUCUCCUAUUCUUUGGCCCUCACCACGGCAUUAUGUGAUUUCCCUGUCCCACACGUCCCUGAGAGAAUGUGGGCAGGACAGAAAUGUAUACUACCCCAGAUCAAGGUGGCACCGGCCAGGCACAGCCCCAGCCUCUGCCUGCUUGUUGUGUUACUGUUGAUGUCUUCCUCAUGUGUUCCUUGCCUGGCCCGGCCCUCCAAGCUGACCCGCCCACCCCUGGAUGAGUCUCACCUCCAUACUAUGCAACACCAGAGCAGCAAGUGCUGUAGUGUGUAUGAAAAUAUGUACAGAUACAGGUGACCUUCUCUUUACAAAUGGCUUCUUUUUGAAAAACUAUUUGCUAAGGGAAAUUUCAGUGUGCAAACCUAUUAUAACAUUGGGAGUUUGGAUCCUGAGGAAUGGCAGCUAAUUAACAGGUAACUGGACAUAAUCUUGUACAGACAGAAUUAGUGGUGGGUUUUGCACACUGAAAGGCAAACAUGAGCGGGUGAAAUCAAGCACAAAAUUGUUGAUUCAUGAAGUAAAUAUUUCAAACUUUGUUACAGCAAAUCUUGGUGACCAUUAAGUGAGUGCAAGGCAAGUGAACAUCAUCUUCACAAAGCUACUUUUUGCUGCAUGAACAUUGACAAAGUGGAGGUCGCCUGUAUGAACAGAAGCAUGUAAGAGGUGUGGGGAGGAGUGUGUACUUAAGCUACUCACUACUGCACAAAAUGAUUCAUAAAAUACAUCACCCUAAAUUCUUUAUAUUUUUGUACCUGAUAAAUGUACUAUAAGAGACAGAGGCAGUGCAUCAUCAAGGGCAGCCGUCGCUCUGAGCUGUGCUGCUGUGCGCUGAGGAGUCAUCAAAACAACUGAAGGAGAAAGUUCUCGGAUUAUUCAUCUACAAAUUCGUCCAUUUUUAACCCGGUAGCAGCGGGGAUCAUGUUUCUUAAUGGUCCCUUCAAGCGAGAAAAAUGAGAAAAAACACCCCUCACACAAACCAUUUCAUGAUAUAUAUCAAAGCAUUUGUGAUCAUAUUAUGUAUCAUUUAUUUUUUGGAGUUUAUAUCAUGGCACAAAUUUGGCCCGUCGCUGCUACCGGGUUAAAAUCCAAUGUGUCGGAACAAGCUGCUGGCAUGCAUAGACGAGGGCCGUGGGUGGACAUGUACGGUACAAACUAAUGUAACUGAUUCUCAUGAUUGUCUUCUCGUUUUCUCAUCUCUGUGUCAUUUCUUUGUAAACGUGUAACUGAUUCUCAUGAUUUCUUUCACUCUCAUCGCUGCUUUGUGUCAGUUCCUUGUAUACGUGUUUGGCGCAUGAAGUAAUAAUGUCCAUGUAUGAUUUUCGUGUCCUGAUAAUAAACUGUACAAUCUCAA